AUGACUCCCCCAAAACUCACCCCCACAACCACCUCCCACACCGACACUUACCCCUUCAUCUCGCCCCUCUCCCUCAAGGAACCCCCCAACCUCUCCGUCCUCAUAACCGGCGCCUCCAAAGGCAUCGGCCUCGCAACAGCAAUCUCCUUCGCCCAAGCCGGCUUCCCGCGAAUCGCCAUAUUCGCACGAAGCGAUCUCUCCUCCGCAGAAACCAAAAUCAAAACCGCCGCGCAGGCCGCCGGACGGACGGAGCCCCAGGUCGUGAAAUUGCAGGGAAGUAUCGCAGACAAGAAGGACGUGGCGAAGGCUUUCUCAACCCUCUCCACAGCCUUCGACGGGAAGCUCGACAUCCUCAUCAACAACGCCUCGCGGCUGGAGACGUGGAAACCACUACACGAGAUCGAUGCGGAGGACUGGUGGGCGACGUGGGAGCUGAAUCUCAAGGGAACGUUUUUGGUGACGCAGGCGGCGAUUCCGUUGCUUUUGAACUCCGUCCAGAAGACGGUUGUGACGGUUACGAGUGCCGGGGCGUUUGUGACUAUGCCGGGGGCGAGCGCGUAUCAGGGGAGUAAGACGGCGCAGGUUCGGUUGACGGAGUUUUUGGGGGUGGAGUAUGGGGAGCAGGGUCUUUUGGCAUACACGAUCCACCCCUGCGGCGCGAAAACGGAGACGGCGCUGAACAUGCCCGAGAAUAUGCAUUUCAUGCUCACGGAGACGCCGGAGCUGGCGGCGGAUACGUUGGUGUGGUUGACGCGGGAGAGGAGGGAGUGGUUGCAGGGGAGGUUUGUGUUUGGGCCCGGGGAUAUGGAGGAGUUGGAGGGGAUGAAGGAGGAGAUUGUGCAGCGGGAUUUGAUGAAGUUGAAGUUGGAUGUUUGA